AUGCUGUGUUCCAGAGCCGUGCGUCGCCUGCCGCGGCGGGUCGUGUCCGCCAGGCAAACUGUGCGCUGCUUAGCCACUGAAGCCAAACUGUCACCGGAUUUUGUACGAAUCGUCGAGGUUGGCCCGAGGGAUGGGCUGCAGAACGAGAAGAAGGCCAUUCCCCUAGAGACGAAGAUCGAACUCAUCGAAAGGCUUGCGGGCACGGGCGUACAGACCCUCGAGGCUGGCUCGUUCGUACCGGCGAAAUGGGUUCCCCAGAUGGCAAGCACAUCGGAUAUUCUGAAACAUCUUUUAAAAUCACCGCCCAAGACAUCCAAUGCCGUUGCUUUCAACUACCUAGUUCCCAACAUCAAAGGACUUGAAUCGCUCGUCUCAACCGCCGAAUCUGAGGGCUUUUCACUCUCUACCGACUCCUCCGCCUCUGCAUCUUCUUCUACCUCUCUAGCUGCACCGCAACAUACUACUGAAAUCUCUCUCUUCGCCGCCGCCACCGAAGCUUUCUCCAAAGCCAACACAAACUGCACCAUCGCCGAGUCCCUCUCUCGCAUCGGGCCCAUUGUUGAUCUCGCCAAGAAGAAGAACAUCCGCGUCCGUGGCUAUGUCUCCGUCGCACUUGGCUGCCCAUACGAGGGACCGGACGUCGACCCGCACAAAGUCGCCGAAAUCACUGCCUCGCUGCUCUCCAUGGGUGCCGAUGAGGUCUCCGUCGCCGACACAACGGGAAUGGGCACAGCCCCGAGGACGCAACGACUGUUGAAAGUGCUUACUGCAGCGGGUAUUGCCCAUUCGGACCUUGCCCUGCAUUUCCAUGAUACGUAUGGACAGGCGUUGGUUAAUACGAUAGUGGGUUUGGAGCAUGGAAUUCGGGUGUUUGAUAGCAGUGUUGGAGGCUUGGGGGGAUGUCCGUACUCCAAGGGAGCGACUGGCAAUGUUUCGACGGAGGACCUGGUGCACACGCUCCACAGCCUUGGAAUGCAAACGGGCAUUGAUCUGGAGGAGAUGUCCCGGAUUGGAGAUUGGAUCAGCAAGGAGCUUGGUCGGCAGAAUGAUAGUAGGGUCGGCAAAGCUACAGUUAGCAAGCUCAAAGCAUAG